AUGACUAAACACGAAAGAUCCAAAUUGAUAACAGCUUAUAUUGAUGCGAACAAAUCUGGCAAUAAGGUCUAUUUUAGUGACUUUCUAACCGUUCAUGCCGAAGAAGUUAAAAGGCUUUCAAAAAACUUGAAAAAAAUUCGCAAACUUUGGACAAAUGGUUUUAUAUUGAUAGCAACUGAGAAGAAAGUUGAAUAUGAUGUUGAAACAAAUGUUGAAUGGACAAGAGUUGAAAAUGAUAUUGAAGCUUCUCUUAACAACUCGCCCCUGAACACCUCUGAAGGACAAACCAAGAAGUCAGGCCGUAUAGUAUACUUCAAUCAUGAAAAUAUAAGCUACGAAAGAAUGACCUGGGCAGUAGACAGUGACGACAUGUCAGAAAAGUUAAUGCUUUACCGAAUGCAAACUAUCAAUGCUGCUAAAGACGCAAAAAAGCUUACAACCAACCAAUUUUUAAUUUUAAACUACAUCAUUAACUUUGAUAGUGAGCUAACAAUCAUCAAUGAAUUGGGCAUAGCAUACAAAGCAAAACAAGUCAAGAAGCAGUUGCGUCGCAAUCACGCAGUCAGUAGAAGCAGUAGCCAAAUUAUACUCUUAUGUAAUGAGUUAUUGCAAAAGGCAAAACUUCAAGAAAAUGAAGAAGAAGAAGAAGAAGAAGACUUGAUGGUUUUUCUGUUACUUGAAAAAAUCAAAGCUAAAAAAGAAAAAGAUGAUGAAAAGCUGCUGUUUUUGUCCUUGUUCGAGCAUUUUCAAAACAUUAUUAGUAACACCAGUAUUACUACUGAGCAAAGCUACAUUGACUCUACCCUGCUACCAUUCUUUGAACACAUCUUUAACAAGAUAGCCCAAACUGAACACUUUGCCGCUAGAGGUCGCCUAGAGAAGCCCCCAAGUGAUUUCGAUCUUCUUCUGCCUCUUGGGCUAUCAAAACCAUCCUCGUCGUCCUCAACCUCGACAGCAACAACAUCAGCAACAGCAACAGCAACAGCAACAUCAUCAGCAGCAAGCAAAAGAGAUUUUUCUUCUUCGUCUUCUUCCUCUUAUCGUUCCUGGCUAGCCCUUCUUCCAGACUAUUUGGUCAAGGCUGUAUUUACUGGUAUCAAGUUUGAUCUUCUCGCGGUUGAAGUCAAGAAGCCGAAGGCCAAAUUCUCACAAAUUGUAAAUGAUGAAUCCAAGGUAGCUGUCUUGAUGAAGCUGAUGAUCAAUCGUCUUGUGCAAAACAGUAUUCCUUCUCCUGUGGUCUGUGGUUUUGUAGAUAAUGGGGAUUUUAUCAAAACCUACAAGAUGUCGCUUACCAGCAAUGGAAGCUAUAGCUUUGUUGAACUUGCCUGCUUCCCAAGCAUCCGAUGUCUGAAUAGUUUGGCGUGUCUUCCAGUGAUGAUCGAGCAUAUGAAUCAGCUGAAGAACAUCAUCUGUGAAAUGAUAGAGGUGAUAAGAAUCACUUUGCUUGGUGAGAAAUUACCCGGUCCCCUUUCUGUUCCUUCCGCAGUUCCUGUCGAAUGGCUCAGACCUUCGUUUGAGUAUCCCUAUUUAGAUACUUCAAAUAAAAAGCGUAAAUAA